AUGAUUUUGAUUUUUCGUUGUAGACGAUUAUGCGACGAGGAUGAUGAGCUCAGUGAGGUCGAACCAGAUGCAGUGCCCAGUGAGGUCAGGGAUUGGUUAGCCUUGACCUUCACAAGGUCAAUGAGCAAUCUGAAGAGAAAGGGAGAAGAGAAGCCAAGGUUUCGGAGUGUUGCUCAUGCUAUUCGUGCUGGUAUAAUGGUAGAUAGGAUCUAUCGAAGAAUGUCAAGUUCCUUAGGGAUGCACGUUCCUCCACAUAUUCUUAUAUUAUUAAAGAGUCUGGAUGAUUGGUCUUUUAAUGUGUUUAAUGUGAACGAUGCUUCCGAUGGACAUGCGUUGAAAUUUGUAGGUUAUGAACUGUUACAAAAAUACGACUUGAUAACCAAGUUUAAAAUUAGUUCAAACGUAUUGGACAGUUUUUUAGUGACGUUAGAACAAGGAUAUAGUAAAUAUACGAAUCCGUAUCACAACGCGCUUCAUGGAGCAGACGUGGCACAGACUGUUCAUCAUUUACUCUCCCAGAGUAAACUGGCACAAUGGUUAACAGAUUUAGAAGUGUUUGCUACAAUAGUAGCAGCCCUAAUACAUGACUACGAACAUACUGGGACAACCAAUAACUUCCAUGUAAAUACAGGUUCUGAUGUAGCAUUAUUGUACAAUGAUAGAGCUGUACUAGAGAACCAUCAUAUUAGUGCAGCGUUCAGAUUAAUGAAAGAUGAAGAUUUAAACGUAGCACACAAUCUUAGUAAAGAGGAGUAUAGAGAAUUUCGAGCGUUGGUGAUAGAUAUGGUACUAGCUACUGAUAUGUCUUUCCAUUUUCAACAAAUCAAAAAUAUGAAAAAUCUUCUCAGUAUGCCAGAAAAUAUUGAGAAAUCGAAAGCCUUAUCAUUAGUUUUACACUGUGCUGAUAUCAGUCACCCAGCUAAAGAUUGGCAUCUUCACGAACGCUGGACUGGAUUACUGUUAGAGGAAUUCUUUCUUCAGGGUGAUAGAGAACAGGAACUUGGCCUUCCAUUUUCUCCUUUAUGUGAUAGAAAAAAUACCCUUGUGGCUCAAUCUCAAAUAGGUUUUAUAGAUUUUAUUGUGGAUCCCAGUUUUCAAGUUUUAGGUGAUAUGUUAGAGAAAGUAUUAAAUCCAUUAAAUCAGUCGUCAUCCAACAGCGUAGAUCAGUCCAUAUCUGAGGAGGUGUUCGAACGUGAGAAAAAACCAAGUCAAUCCCACCGUCCUUCAUCGAGGACUUCACUAUCUUCUCUUGGUAUGUUUCUUUUAAACCUUUUCAAUUUUCUUCUAAGGAUAUUUUGGUUCACUUAUUUUCUGUGGUUUACUUCGUUCAGUCAAUUAAACCAAUCAAAUUCUCAGUUCAGUGGAAGUGGGUAUUCUAAUUUAUAA